AGGCACCACACGCAUAGUGGUGCACUUCUUAACGAGGUGGCUCCAUGAGAAUAACUAGCUGAGACCCAAUGGAGGACAAAUCCAACGGCACAGAUCCACCCUCACCUGCCCAAACACCAACCAACGGCCUGGAUACGAGAUCUCCCAAGCUUCUCAAACAAUCCCUCUCUCUAGAGGAACCCCACAUAAGAGAUUCAUUUCCCAUCCAUAAACACAAUGAAAGUAGGCCAUUUCCAUCCUCUCUUUGCCAUGAUCUCCUUUUUGAAGAUAUUUUUACAAAAUUUCCAAAGAAAUCUACCAUUUCCUGGAGACCUCUGGAGAUGGACCCAGGUGAUAUUUGGCCAACGACAGGGGGGUUUUUGGGAAGAGAUUUAGUAGGAGAAGAAGAAAUGGGCAAUAAGAGGUGGUAUGGAGGAGAGGUGCAAAUGCGUCAGAAAACUAUUGAUGUCAUUGUAAAGACGUAUCGAGGGGGUUUUGAGGGGGAAAUGGAAAUGGAAAUGGAAUUAUGGGCAUCUACGGCCACUUUUCACAGGAAUUUGAUGAGUUUGAUGGGUUUUUGCAAAGAUCCUCCUUCUCUUGUCUUUGCUUAUGAUGGGCCUGGCACGUUGGAUCAAUUGCUGACACGUGAGUCCUUUCUUUGAUUUUGUAUUUUGUAUUUUGCAUUUGGUUUUGAAUACAUAUUGUGGAAAG